AUGGAAUGGGGAGAUGAUAUUAGAACAGUUUCAGAAGAUGAAGCUUUGAUGCUGGUGAAUCAUCAAGCAACCGGAGAUAUUUGCACCCUAAUGAUGUGCCUUCAAGACAAAGGCACGGUUGUUCGUCGGAUGAUGUGGCUGAUGGAUCAUAUAUUUAAAUACACAAAUUUUGGAAUUGUAUCUCUGAUUCAUGGAGACUUCUUUAUAAGACAGGGAAAAGCUUAUCGUGACCAGCAGCUUGUACUCCUCCAUGAACAUCUAGAAAAAUAUUACAGGAGCCGUAGUCGCAAGUGGAUUGUAUUGUUUCCAGAAGGUGGCUUUNCGGGUGAAAAGGUUCCUGUAUCAGUGUUGUUUUCCUGGUUUUCUUUCCUCUAUAUUUUUUUUUUAGAAAGUAAAUCAAAAGGUCUUCAGUGGGUGAUAGAUACAACUAUUGCAUAUCCCAAAGCUGAGCCCAUAGACAUUCAGACAUGGAUUCUUGGCUACAGGCGGCCAACAAUUACUCAUGUACAUUACAGAAUUUUUCCAAUUAAGGAUGUACCCAUUGAUCCUGAAGCACUCACUGUUUGGUUAUAUCAACGGUUCAUUGAAAAGGAGGGUCUUUUGUCACACUUUUACAAGACAGGAACAUUCCCUCCUCUGCAAGGACAGACUGAAGUUGUUUCCCGAGAUAUGACUCUUAGCAAUUUGUGGCUAGUUCUUGUACAGUUAUUUGCAUUUUUGUCAGGUGGUAUGUGGUACUGCAUUCUUCAGUAUUUUUAUGAAUGCCUAUUUUAAAAGGUGAAUGAAUGGGACACAAGGACACAGUGAGGAACUUGGGUACUUUACAGAAUGCAUCAUGUUAUGUGUUCAAAUAUGAAUAUGCCAGUAGAAAGGAGCAUACUGGAUGGACUUUCUCUCCUUUUGGGGAAGGAUUUUAAACUCCACUAGAAGAAAGGAUCAACAAUAUAGUGACCGAAUGAUAUAUUUUAAGAAUUGUCCAUAUUUUUAAAGGGGGAGACUUCAGCAUACCUAUGUCAGCAAAUUCAGCAUUUUAACAGGAAAUGCAGUUGUGCAGCCAUAAGAGGUGAAUAUCUGUAGCAGAGAAUGCUUUUAUCACCGGUAGUAUUCAGCACUGUAGUUAAAACUCCAAAUCUUCAGCAACUCUUUCUUCAGUAGUCUGUACUGCAAGUUUUGUGGUAGAGAUCCUUCAUCUGCACAAUUCAAAUUGUAUUGUAGUUAAUUAUGCUGGAUCUGUUUAACAUAAUUCACAGCCCCUGGCUAUGGUAUUGUGACUGCCCCAUGAUACCUGUUUAGUAGCUUUUUUCCUUUUUUAAAAAAAAAUCUUUUGAAUACUGUCUAACAGAGAUCUUGUAUUGUGACACAAGAAAAGGAAAAGUACACUGCAAAAAGAGUUGCAGUGUCAUGAAGUGUUGAAGAAAUUGUGCAUACCUCAUAGACCAAU